UCAUUCUGCGUGUACAAAGCAUCAGGAGAUGUCUGGACGAGGAAAAACCAGCGGCAAAGCUCGGGCCAAGGCCAAGUCUCGCUCGUCCCGGGCUGGACUGCAGUUCCCGGUCGGUCGUGUUCAUAGGCACUUGAGGAAAGGCAACUAUGCUCAGCGGGUGGGUGCAGGAGCCCCUGUCUAUCUGGCUGCUGUGCUCGAGUAUCUGACGGCUGAAAUCCUCGAGUUGGCCGGCAACGCGGCCCGGGACAACAAGAAGAGCCGCAUCAUCCCCAGACAUCUGCAGCUGGCCGUCCGCAACGACGAGGAGCUCAACAAGUUGCUGGGAGGGGUGACCAUCGCUCAGGGCGGUGUGUUGCCCAAUAUCCAGGCCGUGCUGUUGCCCAAGAAAACUGGCGCAGCGGGCAAGUAA